GAGAGCGAGAGAGUAUCGACGACCCCGCGGAGAGAGAGCUGACAGGUAAAGAGGCAUCGAACGCGCGGAUUGCGGUGCAGAUGUGAGGUACCGCGAACACGACGAGCUCCCGUAUGUAUGUAUGUAUGUUAAAUGACGGACUCAAGAUAGUCCUUCCGCCUAGUAACAUGUCAGAUGGAGUUGAUGGUGGUGGAGAAAACGAGGUAGACUCUCAUUCCUCUUCGCAUGCUGAGGCUGGAGACUCUUCCAAUCACAGGGAAGAAGAAGCAUUGGAUGCUGACAACGAGGCAGCUCUUAAUACCAAUUAUGAUAGUAGUGAUGGAGCUGUCCCUGUGUUUAGAUGUGAUAGAUGUGACAAUUAUGAGACUAUAAAUAAGACAGCUUUCUCUGCUCAUCAAGAUCAAUGUCUAGCAAGUGGUGAAGCUGGGGAGAGCACUGAAGGUAUAGAGGGAACAGAAAAUGAUGGAGAUGGCGAGGAGGGUCACUCAGGGAUCCGGUCUCAUAGAAAAAUGUUCGAGUGUGAUGUUUGUAAUAUGAAAUUUUCAAAUGGAGCAAACAUGAGACGGCACAAGAUGAGGCAUACGGGGGUAAAGCCGUAUGAAUGUCGGGUAUGCCAGAAAAGAUUCUUCCGGAAAGAUCAUCUUGCGGAACACUUCACGACACACUCGAAAACUUUGCCAUAUCAUUGCCCGAUAUGCAACAGAGGUUUCCAAAGACAAAUCGCGAUGCGCGCUCACUUUCAGAACGAGCACGUAGGCCAACACGAUAUGGUCAAGUCGUGUCCUCUCUGUAACUAUCGAGCGGCGACUAUGAAAUGUCUUAGGUUGCACUUCUUCAAUAGACAUGGGAUAGAUUUAGAUAAUCCAGGACCAAAUAGCUCUACGUCCAUAAUGAAUAGUUGCACGCCCGGGGAGGCCAUGCCAUCGGCACCCUUGUCUGACAGUGGAGACAGCACUGGAAAUCGUUCAACCGACAACGCUACACCUCCCAUGCAUUUCCUCACGCCCCAUGUGGAGAUAUCCAUUCCUUAUCCCGAGCAAGCUGCUAAUCAACGAAAUCCGAGUCCUGCCCCGUUAAACGGAGAUAGUCCCAAUAGCCCCCAAAGCGCCGAUAGUAAUAGCAACGCGCCAAGCAGUAGCCAUCAUCAAUUACCUAUCAACAGCAGUACCAUCCAUAGGAAUGUAAGUGGGGGAGACGAAGCCAUUACACCGUCGAUCUCCUUGAUUCCCAUCAAGCAAGAACCAAACAGCAAUGGUAUGGACGACACAGGAGCGACGUCGAGCAAUCUCCCGUUGCCGUCUCUGAUUAAGGUGUCGCCGCUGAAGUCGCUGCUGCGGGACGACUUGCGCCGCAAGCUCUCUACUAGUUCCACAAACAAUAACAACAACAGUAGCAAUAACAGCGGUGCGAACUCCAAUCUGCAUUCAAGGGGCGAACCACCCACCUCGACGAGGCCAGAUCCCCGCACAAGUGGCCUCCAGUGUACACACUGUAGAAUUACGUUUCCGGAUCAGACGUUGUAUUUUCUCCACAAAGGUUGUCACAGCGAGAGUAACCCAUGGAAGUGCAAUAUAUGCGGGGAACAGUGUUGCAAUUUGUACCAGUUCAACUCGCAUUUACUGAGCAAGAGUCAUCAGUAGCGUGAGACGAACAUACCUGCGACUACUUUGAGUCUUUCUUUAUUGUUUUUCUUCUUUUUCUUCUUCGUUGUCGUCUUUUUUCUUUUUUCGUUAAACAACAGCGGCGAGAGAUUGAAUUUGUGCGUAUGUAAUGUAUGUAUGUACGCUGUACAUACGUUCAGUGUUCAGUAGCAUGAGGGUGCACAUAUUUUCUGUAACGUCCAGACAUACUCAUCGCCGAGAGUACUUUCAAAACCGCAUACGCCCGUUUCUUCGUAAUAUAUGAUAAUGAGUCAAUUGUAAAUUUUUUCAGCAUUCAAGAGAGAUAGAGAGAGAGAGUAUGUCUGUUCUUUCAGAAAAUAAUAUACAAAGCGCGACAAAUUGUGCCUUUUCACUAAGAAGAAAAAUCGAAAAAGGAAAAAAGAAAUUGCCAACACAUACUCGUCCAUCAUACUGUUGUACGAACUAUCCGUCCAUAGGGCUUUAUUGAGAUAUAUUCCGAGCUCUGUCAUUAGUCUUAAAUUAGAUAAAUAAGUGUGGAGAACAACGACGGGGCUAAUCGCGCGUUGCCUCGUCGAGAAGAGAGAGAAAUCAUGAGAGAUUUAAAAAGCAGCUGUACGUCGUACCUUCAUCGUCGAAGGAAGUACGUUAACCAGUUCACUAGUAAUUAUUCAUAUAUGAGCGAAAGAAAAUACUACAACUGGUAAUAAUUCAUGUAUGAACACCAUGAAUAGCUUUGCCAAUUUGAAAAUUGGCUAAAAUGAAAUAAUUUGAUGCAAUUCGUUGAACGAAUUUAUAUCAAAUUUGAUGUACCCAUUUCGAACCACUGUCUAUGAAUCCGAAAUCAAAUUUG